AUGGUAGUCGCCACGUUGUACACGUGGCAGGCCGACCCACUUUUUCUCGCGGCUGAGGAGGUGCAAGACUCGGCAGACAGGCUGCAGUCGAGCUUCCACCAAUGGCAGCUGCUCCUCCAGCGCCGGGAAUGCGGAGACGAACCCGCCACGUGGCAAACGCACCCAGAAAACGACAAUGACGGCGACUCCAUAUGGCCAGUGCGGUCCGGCGACGACGAGGAUGUGGUGGUUGUGACCGUUGAUCAGCAAGUCGACGAGGAAGGAGUGCGACUCGUGAUGCUCUGCGCGUGCGACACGCUCCGCUGGCAGCUCGAAGCCUUCGAGCGCGCGGCGCGAGACGACGAGUGGCGCGCCGAGGCGCUAGGCCAGGCGCCGUCCAGCGUGAACGAAACCCGCGAGCGGCGCCGCCAGUUCGUUUCCGCGAUUCGCGUGCAGCUGCAGCAGGUGCAGGCCGUCAUUCGCCCCGCGAUCGGCGGCGCCUCGCCCGCCGCAGAUGCCACCGUCGCCUCCGGGUCUUCGGUCGGAAGCAGUAGCGCGGUUAGCGGCGUGGAUUCCGGCGGGAUAACAGUCGCUUUUCCGUCCGGUUUGGCAGCGGCCGCUUCUAACGCGUCUAGCCGAGCAGCAGCAGCAGCAGCAGCAGCAGCUGUUGCUCCUACUGAAACAGAUGGUAACCCUGCUUUCGUCUCUCCUUCAUCUUUCCGUGCCGCUGACAUUCAAAGGCCGGGGGAGGAUGGAGCAGGAGGUGUAGCGGGCGGGGGGGCUGGUGGCGGGGGGUAUGGCGAGAAGGAGAAGAUGUGGCCGGGGAGACUGCUGCUCGACGGACGUAUGGACAUGGCCGAAAUGGAACUGGGUCUUCUGCAAUUAAACAACAGCCAGGUCGCUCAGAUGAACGCCCAUUGGCCGGCUCAGCGGCUAGCAGAGGAAGACGAGGACGAAGAUCAACGCCAGGGAUCUGCCCACGAUGACGACGCAGGCGAGAAUCAACGGCUAGUGUUUGGCUGGCAGCUGUCGCUGCACCGGAAGAAGCGACGGUCGAGAUCGAAAGCUGGAGGGAAGGGGGCAGGGGGGGAGUGUGAUGGGGAGCAGAGUGAGGGAGGAGCAGUGGUGGCGAUGAGAAUAGCGCUGAACAAAACCAACCCCUCCCGUUUUGCCCGUUCCAUUGUUGUGCGUCGCCUCUUUCCGCCCCUCCCCCUGCCACUGGCCAGAGCAUGGAAGAGAAUGGAGGAGGACAAGACAGGGGAUGAGAGGAAGGCGUCGAUGAGAGAGGAACUGAGUCGGACAAACGAUGCUUUAAGGGAGUUUGGGCGCAGGGCGAGGGAGGCAGAGCAGCUGCUGCUGGCUCUCAUCGCAUUCGCGCAUCGCAUCAGCUACACAACCUUCGCACCGCCCGAACACGCCCUAGGUGCACCUCUCCUCGCCGCCCUCCCCCCUGCUCCGCAAGAUGAACAGCUGAGAAUGUCUCUCCUCUAUCACUGUACCGAUGAGAAGGCCCUUGGGAUUAUCCGGAAGGAAAAGAAGAGGGAAAAAGAGAGGGGAAAGGAGAGUGGGAAGGAGAUUGGGAAGGGGAGGAAGAGUGGGGUUGGUGGGGUGGAAGGAGGGGAAUCAGGGCCUAUCAGUCCCCGGCGUACUCCCACUGCUGCUGCUGCUGCGGCUGGGAAGGGAGUAGGGAGCAGGGAGGCUGAUUUUGCUGCAGCAGCAGCAGCAGCGGCGGCGGCAGCAGCAGCAGCAGGAGCAGGAGGAGGAGGGAAAGGGGUUCCAGUGGGCUUACCUCCCCCUCCUCCAGGGUGGAAACCUGGAGACCCGCUCCCUUCCUUUUCAGGCCUUGCUGCUGCCGCUGCUGCCGCCGCCGCUGCAGCAGGAAAAGCAGCAGCAGUGGUACCCCCACCUAUGCCUGCUGGGUGGAAGCUAGGAGACCCGCUUCCCCUCCCUCCCCCCCCUCCGGGAUGGAAACCUGGAGAUCCCCUUCCAACCCUCCCCACCGCUGCUGUUGCCACUCCUUCUGCUGCCCCCGCUGCUGCUCCUACUGCCCCAGGUGCUGCAGCAGCAGGGGCAGUGGCAGGGGCGUCUGGUUUACCCACAGCUGUACCCCUACCUGCCGUACCCACCAUGCCUGCAGGGUGGAAACCGGGGGAUCCCAUACCCCUCCCCUUACCAGGCGCCCCUGCUGUGCCCCUCCCCGUGGCAGCAGGUGUACCUUCCUCAGAUGUACCUCCCCCGAGUGUACCUGCUGCCGCUGCUGCUGCUGUGGCUGGCAUGGUGGUGGGACCUGGGGAAGGUGUUAUCCGGCCCACAGCAGUGGCAGGGGCAGGGAAAGAAGGGGCAGCAGGAAAGGAAAGAGCAGCAGGGGCUAGUGUGCGUGAUGGUGGUGCUGCUGCUGUGGCCUUACCCCCUGCUCCUGCUGCUCCGGCUGCGCCUGGGACUGCAGCUAUUGCUGCUGCUGUGGCCUUGUCUCCUGCUGCGCCGGGGACGUUGCAAGUGGCACACGUGCAGCUUGAUUCGGACGAGUCUGACUUUGAGAGUGAUUGA